AUGCUGAUGAGUGCGCGAUACGUCUUUGAUACAUUAAAGAAGCACCAAGUACUUGAAGAUCUUGCCGUGUUGAACACCAAUUAUCAACUUGUGGUUUGCGGACAUUCUCUUGGUGCCGGCGUUGCGUCGCUACUAACUUUAUUAUUAAAACAAGAAUAUCCGGAUGUUCGAUGUUUUGCGUUCGCUCCACCUGGUUGUGUAAUAAGCGAAAAUGGGCUACAUGAAAUGGAACAACAUGUGAUGAGCAUUGUUAGUGGUGAUGACGUUGUGUCACGGAUAUCGUUUCACGCGAUGCAACGGUUACGCAUCAAAGUGGCCGCUGAACUGGAUGCCUGUACAAAAGCGAAGUAUGAAAUUUUGAUCCGUGGAUUCUUCCGUAUCUUCUUCAGACCAUCAUGGGAAAGUGGGCCGCUGUCAGGGAACAAUGGUGCAGUAACGGAUCGUGCGAAUCUCAUCGCUGACGGUGCAAAUUCAAAUGGUUCAUAUGGUGCGGCUGGAAUUGAGGCACCAAAUACAGCCAUAAUGGUAACGAUGGUAACUAAUGAACGUCUGGCUUCAAGAGUGGAGCUGUUCGCGCCAGGAAAGUUGUUGUACAUUGCCGAGGCAUUGACGAGUUGGAGAAUGGAGUAUCGAGUCAAUGGAUUGAUCCUAAGUGAGUUAUUGUUCAGCCUGUUGGCCCUUGUUUACAGUAAGCCAGCUCCAGAACACAUUCCUCCCGGUCUACGAUGCCUGACAGACGUGAAAUUGACGGCGUCAGCCUUGACUGACCAUCUACCGAAGAGCAUCGAACGAAUGCUUAAAAAGAUGAAUGACUUGGAACUAAGCCGGGCCAAUCCUGGAGAUUUGGUCUUCUUGGCCAAAGAGUCGACCGCAUGUCUGUUUGAACAAGCGGUAAGCGACGUCGCUUCGUCGCCAUACUAUCAUGUAGGGAUAAUCGGACGGGACCGACGAGUCGUGCACGCGACGCCGCGCGGCGUUGACUGCCAGACGGUGGACGAGUUCGUGGCCGAAUUUCGACCGCAUCGCAUGGAAAUCGUGCACGUUGACGCGACUGAGAAAACCAAGCACAAAGCGGCUGCAUUCGCUGAGUCAAAAGUUGGCAUGCCCUACAAUGACAUAUUCAGUCCGGAUAUGAUAAACUCUGAUGGAAAGGAGUCGUAUUACUGUAGUCAGCUCAUCACAGAAGCCUACAAUGGGCUCAUAGAGUUCCCUGAGCACAAGUUGAAUUUUAAAGAUGAAAAUGGUGAUUUCAUAGAGUAUUGGCAGAAGUACUAUGAAGAAAGAGGACUUGAAAUUCCUCAAGAUAAACGAGGUUCUCAUCCGGCAUCACUUCGUAGGUCAACGCUACUGCAGAUGAGGCUGUCCAGGCAUCUUCAGAAGCAGAUGUUGAACUGUAAGGACAUUACCAGCGCACUGCACUAUAUUGGUGGAGCUGCAGUGAACUUGACUACUGGAAAGAAGUUCGACGUCAUCGAACCAAGAAGUGGAUCCACGCUAAGUGAAUGUCAUGCGGCGACACCGGAUGAAGUUGCCCGAGCUGUCGAUACAGCACAGAAAGCCUUCCCAAUUUGGUCCAAAAUGGGAUGGCUUGAAAGAGGUUUAGUACUGAGGAAGGUCGCAAAGCUAUUAUGGAAGAACUGUGAAGAAAUUGCAAGGUGGGAAUGCAUUGGCAGCGGAAAACCGAUUACUGAAGCACGGCUGGACGUACUUAGUUGUGUAGAUACGUUUAACUACUAUGGAGGAAUCGGUCAAUCAUUAGCAGGCCAGCAUAUUCCUUUGGGUCAGGAUCGGUUUGCUUAUACGAAAAGGGAACCGUUAGGUGUUGUAGGAUGCAUAGGUACGUGGAAUUACCCGAUCCAGACAUGCUCAUGGAAAGUGGCACCAGCACUUGGCAUGUGGUAA